ACUGAAAGUGACUUAAAUUGUUAUGGAUUUUAUUUCAAUUGAAUUAAUUUGGUGAACAUUUUAAAAUGCUGAAAAUUUUAAAAUAUAUGUUAAAUUAAGAAAAUUUUAAAAUGAAGACUGAACACAGUUCUAGUGGAGAAUCACUAUGGACAAAUAGUGUGGAACUCUUGCCUUCAGAGGAAUGUUUGCCUGUAAUUGGAAGCUGCCAAGUGUCGUCCAUAUUAUCAAACCUUGGGGCUCCAAUACAAGAUGAAAUCCCCCAAAACAUGGAACUCAUUAUUCUGCCGAAUAAUGAUUAUAAAUUGCCCAUUCUUGACGCCCCCGUGAAUCUACAAAAUAAUUACGUUAUUUUAAAGGAACCAGACAAUAAAAAUGUUGAGGAAAAUUAUAAAACGAACAUAGAUAAAUCGAUUAAGCUGAAAAAGGACGAAAAUUUUGAGGAUAUUUUGUAUUUCGUUUGCAAUUUAUGCCCGUUUUUGUGCACGAAGGACUCGAAGAUAACCGAGCAUCUGGAGAUAGCGCACAAAAAUAAACCUGUCAGGAAGUUAACGAAAUUAAAGUGUCCUGCGUGUCCGAACACGUUCUACCACAAAGUAUCUUUGAGAUCGCAUUUGAUACACGACCACGGCGUGGGGAAUUCCGACUUAAGCACUAUAAUACAAGCUGUGGUUUAUUAUUCCAAUAAAAACAAAAAAGUCAGCAAGAAAGAGAAAAUCAAAGUGCAGACGAUAAAAGAAAAAGUUGAGGAGGUGACGUUGCAAAAUGACGACUACAUCUCGAGUGACAGCGUCACCAAUGACGACGACAAGGUUAAAACAACCGAACUGCCGCAACUUGAUUUGGUGGGUAAAAAUACGCAGAUAAUAAAUACGUUGAUGAGGCAGCCGGAUUCGGUGACGAAGUGUAUAGAUUCGAAAAACACGACCAAAUGCGACGUUGCCGUUUGUAAGGUGCGCUUUGAGGACGUGGAUAAACUCGGUUACCACGUGCGGUCGCACAUAGAAACGGGUUUUAGGUGUUUGGAAUGCAGUGAAACCUUUCUGUACUGGAAGACUUUGAUGGGGCAUUUGUGGCGUCAGCACAAAAUCGACAUGGGGCUGUUUUCUUGCGACAAGUGCGACUACAAAACGUACAGCCUGGCCAAGCUGAACAACAUCCACAAAUUGAUACACAGCGACGUGAAAAGUUUUAGGUGCGAGGAUUGCGACAAAGCCUUUAAAAACGUGAAGCAGUUGAGGAAUCAUAGAAUGACGCACAAAAACAAGGAGAGCAGGUCUGCGCACGAGUGCGACGUAUGUCGUAAGUCGUUCGCCGACAGAAGGUUGCUCAAGAACCACGUUGAUGUAGUUCAUAACAAAAUAAGGGCGCACAAUUGCAGUUAUUGCGAGUACAAGGGCGCAACCAGGGGCGCCUUGAAGAUGCAUGUCAGGCAGCAUACCGGCGAAAAGCCCUUUUCUUGCGACAAAUGCCACUACACCACGGCUGACCACAACUCCUUGAGGCGUCACAAGCUUCGCCACACCGGCCAAAAACCGUACAAGUGUUCGUACUGCUCGUACGCGAGCAUCCAAAGCAGCACCUUCAAGGUGCACGUGAAAACGAAACACCCGGGUAUGGAGAAGGAUUUGAUGUUCACGUGUCCCGAAUGUCAGUUUCGAUCCGUCAACAAGGAGAUGUACACGAAACACUUGAUUAUUGCGCACAAGCACGACGCAGAGUUUGCGGAUUUGGAGAUGGAUUUACCAAUAGACACUUGAUUGUAUUGUAUUUUUUAGCGAAAAAAGUUAUAGUGGAAAAUAUAUUUUUUUAGAUAAAUAUAUCACCCAUAGAUUAUUU